AUGGCAUCUGGGUUUUCGACGGCGCAGCUCAGCAAAUAUCUCAAAUAUCUCGCGCUUCCCCCUGAAUAUGACCAAUUCAUCCAGGACCCGCCGUCAUUCCCCAAAACAGAGGAAAGUCUGACCACUCUAUUCCGGGCUCAAAUCACACGCUUUCCCUAUGAUAAUCUUUCGGUGCAUUAUUCCAACCGUGAUGUCAUUGACAUUCUUCCGGAAAGCAUCUAUACCAAAUUCAUGGAAUCGGGAGAUUUGCCGCCAUCGAGACGUGGAGGUUACUGUCUAGAAUGCAGUAUCUUCUUCUACAAUGUUCUGCUGGGCUUAGGAUAUUCAGCCUACACGACAGGAGUUCGCAAUCGCGCACGAAUUGAUGGUGUCCCCCAGGGUGAAUUCAGAGGAUGGACACACAUCGUGAACAUUGUCCAACUUCCAACUGGCGAGCAAUACCAUGUCGAUGUCGCCUUUGGUGGUGAUGGACCGACGCGACCACUAAGACUGGUUUCCGAACAACCUGUCCACAACCUUGGAACGCAAGAGGUCCAACUAGUAUACGGAAACAUGCCCAAACAAAGACGUCCAGAACAAAAGCUUUGGAUCUACCAGUACCGCAAUGGGCCGACCAAAGAGUGGAAUUCAUUCUAUGCAUUUGGUGAGUUCGAGUUUUUCCAAGAUGAUUUUGAAGUGAUGAAUCGGUAUACAAGCUGGGAAGCUCGGGAUAGAGGGAACUUUUGGAUUGUCAAGUUUCUACGAGGUGGAGAGACAGAUGGCCUUCCCCUAUUGGACGGAGAGGGCCUUUAUGGGGAGACAGAGGUUAUUCCUAUUGUUGGGAAGCUGAUGUAUGUGAACGGAGUGGUGAAAUUGAACAUGGGAGGGAGGACACGAGUUAUCGAUUCAUUCCAGACCAAGGAGGAGAAGUUCCUUGGUCUAAAGAGAUGGUUUGGGAUGACCUUUGGAUAG